UAAAAACGCACGUUGUACGUUUUCAAAUUGUAAACUUUGAAAGAGUGACAGAAAUAUUUUCGCUAUUCGGCUAUUGUAUGGGAAUUUAUCCUUGAUAUUUUACUUGUGUGCAAGUCUUUUUCUAAAGAAUGGCCUUGAGUCGUAAGGAGGUCGAUGAGAUUAAACCCUGGUUAAAAGACACAGUUAAAAAGCGACUUGGCUACUCGGAAAAGUCUGUAGUUAAUGCGGCUCUACAGUGCUUGCAAAAUAACCUCGACAGAGAUUCAGCUUCCAAAGAAUUAACUUCAUUACUAGACGAUCUAGCACCCAGAUUUGUGGAUGAUUUGUUUUCAAAGUUAGAUCGGAUCCGUCGGCCGAAAUCGUUGAAUCGGAGCAGUUCGAAUAAAAAACGGACUCUGGAAGAUGUUUUUGGUGACAGCCGCGACAAUGACGAGGAAACUAGGGACGAGUCAGAGACCCUUAAAAAACGAAAAAAGACUAGGUUGAGUGACUUUACAUUUAGCACCCUGGCCACAUUCUCGUACCCAGAGCCCUUCUUACGCGCGGUGCGACGAGGGGCUCUGGCCAAAUCCAUAAUCCAGAGCCCCUCAUCGCACCGCACGUAAGAAGGGCUCUGGGUACGAGAAUGACCCUGGCCACUGAAUAGACACUUACAGAAGUCCAACUUUAUGUUGGCGUUAGCAUAACAGACCACCAUGCCAGGGUGCAUUCCUAACUAUAGAGAGAUAGUAUUGUAAUGUGCCAAACUCAUGCCGAAGAUCUUCAGUGAAUUGCACUUAGAAUGCACCCUGGCCACCAUGUGCCUAGCCAAUGUGCUAAGCAGAUACCAUCGCCUUCCUGAAAGUAUUCACAAUGGCCAGCUUGGCUUAGAAGUUCAGGAGGGUGAGUGACUCUCAUUAGUGCACUGGCUAGGAACACGGCGACAGCGUUGCUGGUGCUUUGCGAUUGUGAAUACAUGGCGUGGUGGUUACAGGUUUUUGGCUAUAGGAAUUGGACCUCUGUGCCCUGUGUAAACAACAUACUUGCAGGUUUAUGUGCUGUACCCCAACCUGUCAACAGUUUGUUGCAGUCCAUCACACUGCACUCUAACCAGGCUCGAUUCACAGAGACAAUUGUGAAUUCCAUACCAUAUACAAAUUUGCAUGACAGUUAAUGGAUAACCACAAUGGAUAUAUGGAACCGGACAAAAUUCAAGCACAGUUAACCGCAUGAAUUCCUGUAUGAAGAAAUUGAACGAUUCUUGAAUUUGUCUGGUGUGAACGUAGUCUUAAUGUACCAAAAUGACAUGGCAAUAAUAGUGGCUGACUUUCUAUAUAAGUAGACAGCUUAAGCAUUGAGUUGUUGACUUUUUUGUCAACUUUUUUUGUCAACAUGGAUGUCAAGCAUACAUUAUUCAUGAGCCAAUUAUGGCAUGUGUGAUGGCUAGGGAGAGUGCUACCACUCAAUGGGUUAACCAGACAAUCUACCAAAUACCAAUGUGUCUGUUGACCCAUUAAGAGGCAAUGUGCCAAAUGCACCCAUUUAGGUAUUUACUAUGUCUAAUGCCAGUCAAUUUUAGUCAUCGGAUUAGGAUAGUGUGUUAUGUUUAGAAUUACAUUUAGAUCAUGGUUAAGGUUAGGUUGGAAUUGGGGUUAGGGUUUAAAAGACUGGGUGCUCUUCCCUUGGGGUUAGGGUUUAAAAGACACUGCUCUUCCCUUGAUGAGUAAAAUUAUCUGCCGUUAGACAGAGUAAAAUGUUAAACAAAGUAGGGUGCAAUGGUCAUAAAAGGUCAGAAAUCACUGUAUUUAAGUUGUGGUUGUUAACAUGAAAAUUGACUCCUAGGUUUGAAGCAUUACAAGACGAUAACGAGCCAUUACCCCCAGCAGUGCCUGAACCUGUCGAGAUGCCAGCACCACUGAAUGCCAAUCAGAUAUCGGCCAUGUUGGAAAAGAAAAAGAAAGAGCUAGCAGAACGAAAGGAGCGGUUGGAGAAACUUCGUAAACAAACAAUUGUUGUUGCACCAACCCCUGUCACACCAACCCCUGAAUUUGUCCUGCCCUUUCAACAACAGGAGGACACGAUGCCACCCCCAUCACUUGAAGAACAGCAGGCAUUAAUGAAUGAAGCCAUCGAGAAAGCAAGAAAGGCAGCACAUUUACACAACAGAAUACAGUCAAAGGUAGGAAAAUACAGAAAGCACUUAUCAGGUACAGUGUAGUUAAAAUGCUCAACAAAUGUCUUGAAUAUUGGUAGGGGUGCACCGGAUUUCAAAUCCGGCUGGAUUUAACGAAUUAUCCAGCUUCCGGCCGGAUUUGGAGAAAAUCCGGCCGGAUUUAAAUUUCUGUUUUCACCUUAAAAAAUUCACCAAAAAUGGGAUAACCCAUCAAUUGCCAUGGCAGCUUUAAAGUUUAAAAAAACACUUAUAUUAUUAUAAAAUAUUAAGUUAUUAACAAAAAGAUGUUUAAAAAAGGUUUAAACACAAUCAAAAAUCUAAACUGACACUAACUAAAAAUAGUAAAAAACAUAAACCGUCAUUUUGAAUACUGAUUUAUCCCCAUUACCGGUUUAUCUCAAUUCCGGCCGGAAUUUUUGUCCAAAUCCGGUAAAUCCGGUUCCGGCCGGAUUUGAAAAUUCCAAAUCCGGUGCACCCCUAAAUAUUGGUAACAAAACAUACCCUGGAAUACAUAUAUCCUCCUUUAUAAACUUGGAAAAAUGAAGCUUCUAGUUAGAAAUAGAGAGGUUCGAUCAGAUUUGACUUCCACUACUGCUACCAUUAUUCAUUAAUGGACUAUUACAGUCGAUUUCACGAAACUUUGACCACAGAUGUUCCGUCGUUGUGAAGUUGGAAAUUCAUAUCGGAAUUCACAAGCCAAUUUGUAAACAAAGUCCCUGAUUGGUCCCUGAAGUAAAAGAAGACAAUCAAAUGCGUGGUUUACAAACUGGUUUGUGAAUCUCAUUAUGAACUUUUGAACUUGCGAACUUCGCAACGAAGUUCGAAACAUUUGUGGUCAAAGUUAUCUGAAAUCGACUGUAACGAAUCAGAUGUGUUUGAUAUAUCCGAUCAACCAAUCAGAUGCAUGCUAAGCAAGUGAGAGGUAGUGGUAGGUGCUAGCUAGUAAAAUUCCAUAAUAUUUUUUUCUUAAGUUUACUUCCAUGGGUACCACAAGUACAAGCCUUAAAUCGGGAGCGAUCAAUCUGCCAGACAUCAGCGACAAACCAUCGGCGUUAAUUCUCGACGACAAGGGCAGAGCCAUCGACUCAAGCGGAAAAGCUGUUAGCAUGAUGAGCCGCAUGCCGACGCUGAAAGCAAACAUCCGAGCAAAGAAACGUGAAGCGUUUCUCAGAGUCGAAAAACCAACUGACGAUUUUGCUGACAAGACAUUCUUUGAUACUAGAGUUAGGUAGGUUAAUAUAACCUACUUAUUUAACUAUGGGUUGUAAAUUUAAUGCACUCUAUUAAUCUAUACCAAUAGUCUGUAUUUUAUUAAAAUGCUUCAUUGUAUAUUUAGCGCAAAACCAAACACACGAACAAAACGGGCAUUCAAGUUCCACGAGAAAGGAAAAUUUCAGCAAAUUGCGCAAAAAAUCCGCGCAAAGGUAGGUCUCGCACAUGAACUAAUUUCAUAAAAAAAAAAUCAGUUUCCAAUACAGCAAUUUUUUACCUUUACAUUUACCUUUCAAUUCUGACACUCAAUCCUUAUUCUAAUCCAAAAGGCUCAGUUAGAAAAACUUCAGGCCCAGAUCGCAGCGGCAGCAAAGAAAACUGGGAUCUCAUCAGCAACCAAGUUAGCCUUGAUUACCCCCAGCAAGGAACUACAGCAAGACACAAUCCCGGCGGUCGAGUGGUGGGACGCUGCAGUCAUGCCCAACAUGAAGUAUGAAACAUAUCUGGCGCUCACCGAACAGGACAAACCAAAGCAUCUGCAAGGAUUGACGUCCUAUAUUGAACACCCUGUACAAAGUCAUCCGCCAGGUUGGUACACCAUAAAGGGGUCGGAUUACAAGUUGCAGUAGUGGCAAAACUCCACUCUGUGAAGCUUUGCUUUAACUACGACGCAAGCAUAGGUACAAGUAUAAAGCCUCGGUCAACGAGGAUGAGAGUUUGACUGCCAACUCUCGCUCGCGUUUGACUGCCAACUUUCAUCGACUCUUAUGCACUCUGAUCAACUCUCGUUGACUUUGAACUGGUUCAAAUUUUGAUGAGAGUUUUCGCUACGCGCGCGGUAAUAUCCAGUCAACUCUCGUGCAACUCUUGUUCUCGUUUGACCAUAGUUACACGGCUAAAAACGCACAGGUUGUACGGUCAACUACGAACAAGUUGUCAACCAUGUUGUUCCAAGUUGUUACAGUUGAACAAUGCUGUAACAACAUGUUGACAAUACUGUUCAUUAUGGUGGGUCGCACGACCUUGUUCGCGCCUGUUGGUAUCAACCUUUGAACAAGUUGUUGAUUUUCUCAAUUUUUACGCGUGUAAUAGAAAGACUGAUGAUGGUUUGACCGGGGCACGAGAGUUGAGAAAACUCUGAUGCAAACUCUCGUUUCUCAACUCUCGUUCUCGUUUGACCAGGGCCUAAGACGGAUCAAACGUAUUGAUUUCUUAUGUACUGUCCUCACUACGACGUAACACAAGCAUGAAAAAAGAGUAUCAAAACGUUGCGCUCUUUUCCUUGUGUCCUUUUCCUCACACAGUGAGAACAACACGAGCAUAAAAACAUCAAAGCGUCUUCUGCUUAUGUCGUAGUGAGGACCAGGUCCCUGCAUUUCCCAUGCUCAUGUUCGUUGAAGCGAUCAUGAACACAUAUACGUUAGCUGAUUGUCUUUAAAAUCUUCACUCUACCUUGUAGCGGAACCAAAAGAAGCUCCUGUGGUGCCCAUGAUGUUGACGAAGAAGGAACGUAAGAAGAUGCGCACGCAAAGACGGAGAGAAGCUGAGACGGAAAAACAGGAGAAGAUCCGACUGGGACUCGAACCCCCACCUCCCCCGAAAGGUGUGUUAUUUCCCCUAGCUUCCUGUUUCACAGGCAUUACAAUCUCCGCGGAUAGAUAAGUCGGUAGAGGAUUCACCUGGAGAUCGAAAGGCAUGAGUAGCACGGUUUCAGGUAAAACUAGACUGUGCUGUAUGUUACUGGGAACUGACGGCAAGUGUGACGCUCCGCCUCAGCAAAACAUCUCCCUGGUCUAGCGUUAAGCGAAAAGAAAUGAUAGAGUCCCUCGCUGAAUGGCUGAUAAAGACAAUACGCAACUUCGACUUAUUUACAAUUUCAGGAAGCUUCGGAUUGAUAAGGAUACAACUACCUGAAAAAUACAAGGAGAACUUCGACGUUGCGAGCGGGCCCUUCGUUGGGAAGUUAGCACGACCAGACAAAGGGCCUUCGCUCGAAACGUCGUUUGAGGUUUUCAGGUAGUUGCAUCCCUAUCAAUCCGAAGCUUUCUUAUUAUUGGACCUACCUACACCGGCACAUGCAACCUCGUUCCCAGAGUAUUCCCUCUUGGGGAACGAGGUUGACACCAGCACAGACUAUUGAAGAUUGCAAUCUCAGCUAGGGUCUGUUUGUGUAAGAGACGGGAGGGAACCAAGGUGAUCUUUGCAACCAAAUUAAUGUUUUAAUUGAACACUCGUGUUUCAUCUAGCGUUAUGCAGUUAUCUCAAGUUGUUUUUUUGAAGCCAACGUACUAUCUUUCAUUUAGUGAAAAUUUCGAACCUCAUGAGAGUUCUUGGUAGCGAGGCUGUACAAGAUCCGACCAAAGUGGAAGCACAUGUACGCGCUCAAAUGGCGCAGCGUCAGAGGUACUGUGAUUCCCAAUAAUCACAAAUGGGAAAGAAAAAUUUUCCAGGAUGUGUUGUGAAACUGAGGCAGUUGCUGAGUAUCAGGCGAUUACCGCAGUGACUAAGUAGUUCACAAUACGUGUUUGGUGGAAAAUACUUAUAAUUAAAGAAUUAUGCCUCAUUUAUUCACUUCCAUAACUGUCGAUCACACCUUGCCACAUGCCUCUGUUGAGCUCAACAACCUUGUAACAAGUUGUCAACAUGCCGUUCACAACUUGUCAACAAGCUGGAAACAAGCAGUGCGACGAACACAUCCUGUUGACAAGUUGUUGGAACAGCGUUGUUACAAGUCUGCUGCAGAUUUGUUACAACUUGUGCGUUUGAAGUUGAAGUCAAAAUCGAAACCUCUCUAAUGAACGGCUAAGUGUAUUCGGAAUGAAAAAAUGAUCACACGUUUAACAAGAAAAAGGUGUGAUUCAUUGCACCCAUACCCUAGGCCCUAGCACCGUAUCAAAUAUCUUACUAAAAUUCUCGCAUAUAUUCAUCACUUUCUAUUACAAAUACAUUGCAGAGCUCACGAAGCGGCAAACGAAGCGAGAAAGCUGACACCAAAAGCAAGACGAGAGAAAACGAUGCGUAAACUGAACGAAGAUACAAGCCUGGGUGUUCAUGUUAGUUUAUACCAAGUCAAAGAUUUACAUCACCCUCAAAAACAAUAUAAAGUGGACGUUAAUGCCAGGCAGUUGUAUAUGACAGGUAAUGCUGGUGGCGUUAAAAAUAAAGUCUAUAAGUUUCUACCUAUAAUGUUACUAUAAGUUUUAAGUUUUAUAAGUUAGACAAAACUUAUUACUUAUAACUUAUUGUGAGUUAUAUAAUUAACUAUACCUAUUAGUACAAAGUUGUGAAACUCAAUAAUUUUUGAAGAAAACACAAAAGAAAUAUGAGCGCGAAGAAGUUUGUAUAUCUGAUAACAGAAUCAUGCUGAUUUACAUAAACUUUAAGUUAAAUUUUCUCACCAAAUAAACGUUCAAUGACGCCAUGUUGUUGAUUCCAAAAUUUACUUUAGCCGUUACAGUUAAGUAGUUGAGUUAAUCUAAUGUACAACAUGAGGCGUGCAACCAAUAUUCAGAGAUGCAAAGAUAUUUUCGCCAUGUUUGCUGCAAGGUAAGGUGAAAACCACGCAUAUAUAAGAAACCACGCAUAUAUAAGAUUUCUUGAAGAACUUCCUUCACUGUAUAGGUUGUGUGGUGUUACUACGAGACAUGAAUCUAGUUAUUGUCGAAGGUGGAGCAAAAGCCCAGAAGAAAUUCCGUCGACUCAUGUUGAACAGAAUAAAGUGGUCUGAGGGCUCCAAAAAACAUGCGAACUCGGACGAUGAAGGCGACAAAACAGCGCAAAACUUUUGUCGUCUUGUUUGGGAGGUAAGCAUAGUUUCUUUAAAUUAACAAUGUGCACAGUCAUAACAUGCUACACUGCGUGGGUAUAACAUAUAGUCCAAGAAUUUGGAUCAGGCAGCAGGCUACAGUUUUGUCGGUCGGUCAGCCGGUUAGUCAGUUCGUUAGUCGAUCGGAUUGUUCGUCGGGCGUUGGUCGGCCGAUCUGGCAGUCGGUUGGUUGGGCCGUCGGUUUAUUGGUCGGCCAGUCACUUGGUUGGGCAGUCGGUUGGUUGGAGUUAGUUUGUUAUAGCUGGUCAGUCAUUCAGUUGGCCAGUCGGUUAUCCAGUCAAUGAGACAGUCGGCUGGUCAGCCAGGCAGCAGUGAUAAAUCCAUUCUGCUUUUAUUUUAGGGCACGGAAAAACAGCGAAGAUUUACAGACUUUAAAUUAAAAACAUGUACAAACGAGGCUGCCGCAAGAGAGUAUCUUAAAACAUACGGCGUUGAACAUUACUGGGACUUGUCAAUUAGUGAAUCAUUGCUGGACGGUGCCGAGGACUAAAAUUAACUAAUUUAGUGGUGCUAAUGUGUAAUGAACGGCUGAAUGCGUACUUGAAAAUACAGUGUUGAACAUUGUGGCAAUGCUAACGGCUUCGCGAUCACAAUCGAAAUUUACCUGUACGGCCUGAUUAAAACUGGAAUAAAAGUUAAUGGGUGACAUAACAGGGUACUAUUCACAGAAACUGUCUGUACCAGUGUGGGUAGUACCAAAGUGGUCAUAUUACUACCUGUAAAAAAAAAACAAGCAGAAACUCGACGUUUCGAGCGAAGGCCCUUUGUCAAGCUGACUAACUCUUGACGAAGGGCCUUCGCUCGAAACGUAGAGUUUCUGCUUGUUUUUUUCAGGUAGUGAUAUAACCACUCAGCACAGCAACUUUACUAUUCACAGAGGCGAAGCUACCCAUAGAGACAGGUCAUGUUAUGCAAAUGUUUAAUCAGUAUUUGCAUUAUUCAAUCAGUAAAUGCAUUAUUGAAACCUUUAGAAAUGUAUUGUCUUUAACCUAUAUGUAGAUGUAGGUUUAUUAGCUAGCAUGACCAGUUGCCAUGGCCAGCUUCGCCACUGUAUAUUCACUCAAGUUUCGCAUUGGAAUGUAUUUCUGUUUGAUAAUAACCCAUGUAAUAAUAAUCACAAGCCUAGUCCUAUUUACCCUGGUUGCCAGAGGUUCUGUAUAAGAUACAGAACCUCUGGCAACCAGGGUAAGUCCUAUUGUGCGCGAGACAUGAGGAUAUAACCGAUGAUACGGUUAUAUCCAUUUUGUUUGCAGUAAGCAAUCUAUCUUUCGAUAACUACAGCGGUGAUUUUCUAUUUCGGUCCAUAAACACUUCCACACGCGCAAGCCAGAAAGAGCUGGAGCCGAGGUCAAAAUAUGACCCACACUCCAGGUGAUCUUGAUACGCGGAAAAGUACUGGCACUAGUUGUCAAAUAGAAAUCCAUUUUAUGAUUAAAACAACUGAAUAUCUCCUGUAAUAUACUUUACUUCGAUUCCAAAUUUUUGUCAGAGCUGUAGUUCUCAUAACCAAACAUAAUUACAAAAUUUCAACUAGUUUCAUAAAGAAUAACGAAAGAUAUAAUUGACUGAAUACAUCAAAAGGGAUUUCUAUUCGGACAACCCUUUCUGAGCGCUGAUUGGCUAAAAUACAAACACGAGAUCACCUGGCUAUCAAGCAAAUUCUGGAAGAGUCUAUUGAUUUUGAUGAAAGCUUACUUUAAUCAACCACUCGUAAGACAAAAGGUUUAAAAAGUGACAUUAACGGCCGCCAUAAACUAUAGUAUUCACUUGAGUAGAACGCCAAGAUAACAACAUUGCCAUUUUUCUGUUCAAUUGAACUUUUUCCCGUAAGUAGAUAACCGCGCCUUGAAAUAUCUUCCUUGUUCCUCGUGUUCAACAGAUAUUAAUGUAGUAUACUAUAUUGAUUCCAAAACAAACUUUUUAAUUAAACUAUUCUGUCAAUCACUCAAUCUUAUAAAUAUUUUUGAAAAUUCACUUAUUUUAUUAAAAACACAUUAUAUUACAUUUUAUGUCCACAAUUCUCUGCUAAUGUACCAAAAUUCACGUCCGUCUUUGACGAUUUAAACCACCUUAAUUUAACUCUUGUCAUUAACUUAUUUCCUAUAAAAUUCCUAAUUGAAUUAAUAAUUUUGCGAAUAAAAAAUUGAAUCAGAUAUAAAGUCUGUAGAAAUGAAAUUGAUGAGAAGUUCUUUGUAGGUUUGCAUGGCGAUAAAAUCAUGGUGUUUCCACAAACAAAACUCAAAAGUAUUAUAAAUUUAUGCAGUUAUGAAAAUGUUUGAUAUCUGGAGAUUAUAUAGAAAGUUGAAAUUUUGAAUCAGUCCGAAUUCUCAAACGUACAGUUCAAGUAAUUUUUCAAGCCGUGAGCUCUGUGCCGCCUCAAAAGGACCAUCCAUUAUGAACGGUGGGGAUGGUAAACCCCCACUAUAGAUAGCACACUUCAGCUUGGGGCAGGGGUAGUCACUCCACGCGUACCUGACUUUAUCAGCAACACAAUCUGUUGAUCUCGGCAUAAUAAUCACAGACACUGGACCAUGGUCGACAAUUGGUGCAUCCACCCAACUAGUACUAUUUUCACAAUGAACCUGGA